AUGAUUUUCGGAGCAGCUUCUUCUCCAGCUUCUGCACAGUUCAUAAUGAGAAAAAACGCGAAAGAGUUUGAAGAAGAAUUUCCUGAAGCAGCAAGGGUAAUUUUAGAACAGCAUUAUAUGGAUGAUUAUUUAGAUAGUGUUGAUUCUGUAGAAGAGGCAUUAGAUUUAAUAACCGGUGUCGAAGAGGUUCAUAAGAGAGGUGGUUUCCAAAUAAGAAAUUGGACAAGUAACUCCAAAGAAGUUUUAAAGCUGAUUCCGACAGAAAAAAGAACAAGGGAAUUGAAAGAUGUAGAAAUAGAGAAAGAGCUUCCAACAGAACGUGUUCUAGGACUUCACUGGAAUCCGAAUGAAGAUUGUUUUUUGUUCAAAGUCGAACCCAAGGAAAUUAUGGAAAUUUUAGAAAAGAAAGCAACAACUACCAAAAGAAAAAUGUUGAAAAUCGUAAUGUCACUUUUUGACCCUCUUGGGUUUCUAUGUCACUUCACUGUCAAAGCAAGAAUUUUGUUACAAGAAAUUUGGAAAAUGGGUUCUGGAUGGGACGACAAAUUAGAACAUUCGGUAAAUGAAAAAUGGCUCAAAUGGUUGCAAGAUUUAAGAAAAAUUGAAGGUUUGAAAAUUCCUAGAUGCUAUUUGGAUGAUAAUACGGAACUAUUUUUGGACGGAUUCCCGGACAGUAAUCAGUUGGUUGAAAUCAGACCCUCGCCAUUUGUGAGUCAUAGAGUUAAUGAAAUAUUGGAUAUAUCUGAAGAGAAUGAAUGGAAUUGGAUUUCAACAAAGGAUAAUGUAGCAGAUGAAGCAACUAGGGAUAAUAUAAAUUGUGAAUGGUCGGAAUUAAGUAGGUGGAACAUUGGUCCAUCCUUCCUUAGAUGCGAUGAAGACACGUGGUUCAGAGAAAACGAAAUAGAGAUAGACAAAGGAGAAAAUGAAGAAAUGGAAGAAUUUUUCAGGGAAAUGAAAAAAGAAUACGUUGCUCUGACAACGGAAGGAGAUAAUUUAAUUGAGUAUAUUCCGAAAAUUGAAAGGUUUUCAUCUUAUAUUCGACUCAUAAGGUCAACUGCCUGGUUGUUGAGAGCUAUUCAAGUUUUCAGAGGUACCAUAAUAUCGUUCUCUGAGUUAUUACCAGAUGAAGUAGACAGAGCUGAAAAAUUAUGGUUUAAACUUGUACAGGAAGCAUGUUUCAGGGAAGAAAUUCGAAGUUUAAAGAAUAAGAAGCCUGUCGAUAAAACGAGUAGACUUUAUAAAUUAUCGCCAAUGUUGGAUAGUGAAGGAAUUGUAAGGAUAAACGGAAGAAUAGGAGAAUCAGAAGAUAUCUGUUAUGAAACAAAAUUUCCAAUCAUUCUUGAUAGAAAGCAUUAUUUUACACGUCUUUUGAUCCUUCAUUAUCAUAAAAGAGCCAGUCAUCAGGGACAAGAGUUGGUUUUGAAUGAGUUACGACAGAAGUUUUGGAUUUUACAAGCUCGAGCUGCUGUCAGAAGUGCAUGGAACUCUUGCUAUAAGUGCAGGAAUUUCAGAGCGAAACCCAUAGUCCCAGAAAUGUCUUCACUCCCAAAAUGCAGGGUAAGUGCCUUUGUAAGACCUUUUACUUUUACAGGUAUGGACUACUUUGGUCCAAUGAAUGUCACCAUUGGCCGUCGACACGAAAAACGUUAUGAGGUUUUAUUUACUUGUAUGAGUAUUCGAGCCAUCCACUUGGAGAUUGCAAAUUCUCUAACUACCGACUCCACCAUUAUGGCCAUCAGAAGAAUGAUCGGACGAAGAGGUUGUCCUAAGAAAAUAUUUGCUGAUAAUGGUACGAAUCUGAAGGGAGCCGAGAGAGAAAUGAAGAAGGCGUUGCAGGAAAUGAACGAAAAUCAGAUUUUAGCCGAAAUGACCACUAAGGGAAUCGAGUGGGUAAGGAUACCACCGCUUACACCACACAUGGGAGGUUGCUGGGAGAGGAUGGUGAGAUCCGUAAAAACGGCCCUAUCAGUCACUCUCAAAGAGAGAUCGCCAAAAGAAGAAGUUUUGUCUACACUUCUCAUCGAAGCUGAAAAUAUAGUAAAUAGCAGACCCUUAGUCCACGUUCCAAUAGAUGCCGCAGAUGGGGAAGCUUUGACGCCGAACCAUUUUCUUAUAGGGACUUCAAGUGCUUCUCCACUUCCUUGCCUCUUGUCGGAAAGAGAUCUAGUUACGAGAAAGCAGUGGAAGAUAUCCCAAUAUUUUUCAGACUGUUUCUGGAAACGUUGA